CCAUUUCAGUUUUCUCCGUCAAGUUCAGUCAGCUUUUCAAUCACAAAGGUAACGCUGCUUCUUGUGUCGUUUUGCUUUCCAUUUUAUUUCACUCUGUCCUUUCUUUAUCUGUAAAGCCGAUUCUGCCUCCAAAUCCGGGGAAAAUUAUGGCGGACGAUUCAGGAAACAACGGAGAGGUGUAUAAUGCUGAAAUAAAAACCUCUGCACUAAGCGCGAAGAUUUCUGCGCUGGAGCAGGAGAACCGCCAACUAGUUCAUGAGAAUGAGGUCAUCAAGGAGAGGGCGGAGAAGCUGAAGCAGUCAAUUGAUGAUUCCAGCAAUGAGAAAGCGGAGCUGCAAAAGAUGGUGGAUGAAUCAGAGUUUGAGACUAGAGCUUUGGGAUCAAUAAAUGCUCGAGUUGUUGAGCUUGAGGGCGAGGUGUCUCAGCUCCGGGAUGAUCUGAGCAAAGCAUUGAAUGAUCUGAAAGAUUCAAGUUCUGAGGCGUCACUGUUGAGAUCAACUUUAGUUGGGUUGAAAAGUAGUGAGAAUGAGAAGGAAAUUAAAAUCCAAGCCAUUGAGAAUGAAAAGAAUCUGCUGAUUUUGAAAGUGGAGGAAUUGGAGGCUAGUAGGGAUAAUCUGAAGGUAGAAAAGGAAUCAAAUGAGCAUCUAAUCAGAUAUAACAAGCAUUCACUUGCGGAGUUAGAGGCUUCGGUGGUAAUCAACCAGGACUGGGAUAAGGAGAAAGCGGAGCUGGAGAUGGCAAAGAAAGAGGCGAAGGCGAGGGUGGAUGAAAUGAAAGAGAGAGUGCUAGAGAUCGAGAAGAAGUUAGAGGAUACCGACGGGAUUCCGGUGGCAGAGGGUAAGAGCUUCAAAGUGAAGAAGUGGCCAUUGGUGGCUAUUGCUCUAGCAACAACUGUGUUCUACCUGAGAAAUGCUAGGAAAACAUAGAUUGGUAGUUUCACAAAAUAAGAAUUUUUACCUGAGAAAUGCCUUUUAGAUUCCAAUUUGU